AAGGUCCUGAUACUCCUCAAAACAAUGCAAACCCUUUUAUGAUAUAUUUAAAAGAAGAAGAUAAAAAUAAUAUUAAUGAAGUAUAUAUUAGAAAAAGAAGAAAAGUAGAAAAAAAUGAAACUUCAAAAGUUCAAAAUAUUGUGGUAAAUGACCCUCAAGCAGAAAGUUCUAAAAUAUCUAAAGUUAAAAAAAAAAGAAAUUCUCUACAAGGUCCAAGAUUUCAUAAACCAACAAUUGUUACUGCUCAAUAUGCUGAUGAUAGAAAAUUUAGAACUAUAGCAUUAUAUUGUCAAGCUAAUAUUAAUAGAAUUACAACCAAUAUUAUUCUUGAUAGUAGUUCUGCUAGAAAAGUAGAAAACUUAUCUAUUAAUAUUGGUGAAUACUCUUUAUCAAUUAAUGUAGUAGUUGCAGAUACAGAUAUAUACUCUGCAAUUGUUGAUGUAAAAAUUCAAGUUUCUAUUGAAUUUAGACAUGUUACUAGAAUUCCAAGAGUUGAAGCUAUAUCCAAAAAAAAAACAAAAGAAGAAAGCUCUGAUAAAAGUAAAAGUGAAUAUGAAUCCUCAAGUGAAUCCGAUAAAUCCACUGAAUAUGAAGAUAAACAACUUGAAGAAAAAAUUUAUACUCUUAAUCUUUGGCAAAAAAUUGAAAAAAAAAAUUUAAAGCAGAUGUAUAAAAUAGAAGAUUCUUUUGACUCUUUCCCUAAACUUAAUGUUGGAGAAUUAGAUGAAAAACAACAAGAAGAAUUUUAUAAUCUAGUUAAUGAAUAUAUUGAUAUCUUUGCUCAAAAUGACUCUAAUUUAGGAAGAACUAAUAAAAUCUGA